AUGGAAGUGACUCGUCGCCUGUAUCUAAACUUCUCUAAUUUUCACUGCACAGUAAAAUCACCUGUAAGCGUUGAUCAGCAACAACAGUAUCAUGUAGAAAACUAUUUUAUUCUUUGGCUUAAUACGAAUUCUGGGGAAGAUACCGAUUACCAAAAUUCAGUAUCUCAGUUAUGUAAUGCAUUGGACGUUUCAAAAAUAUUUAAUAAUGCAGAUGAAUGUAUUGAUUACAUCACUGACAUUUGUGACGAAAAAGUGCAUUUCAUCGUUUCGAUUGCAUUUCUCGACCAAAUUAUUCCGCUUAUUCAUGAAUUACCACAAAUCGAUUCCAUUUAUAUUUUAAACUUGAAUAAGAAAAUAGAAUGUGAACAAUGGAUGAAACAGUAUGAAAAAAUAGUGGGCAUAUUUCCUAACAUGGAAUCUAUUUACGAUAAAUUAGAGUCAAACGUUAAAAUAAUUGCCGCAAAACAAAUAGGGUUGAUGUCGAUUUCCACAGUACGAGAUGGUGAUAACAUAAAUAAACAAGAAGUAUUAUUUAUGUAUUCAACAUUGCUUAAAGAAAUUUUUGUUCAAAUGGAAAAUUCGGCCAAUGUUAAAUGUGAAAUGGUCGAAUUUUGUCGAUCACAAUAUUCAGAUAAUGAUUAUCAGUUAAAAAUUAUUGAUGAAUUUGAUAAAGACUAUUGUGCCGCAGAAGCAGUCAAAUGGUACACUCGAGAUUGUUUUUUAUUUCGUAUGUUGAACAAAGCACUUCGUAUAUUAGACAUCGAGACAUUGUAUAAAGUAAGAUUUUUUAUCAAAGAUCUGCAUCAACAAUUACAAUCUGAAUCAUUAUCAGCUAUCGGUAGCGUAACAGACGUUUACCGUGGACAACUUAUGUAUGCUGUUGAAUUCGAAAAGCUAAAAACAAACAUCGGCGGUCUGCUAUCAGUUAGUAAUUUUCUUUCAACAACUCCUCAUAGAGAACUAGCUCUAUGCUUUUCUGGAUUCGGAACCUUCGAAUGUUGUAUCUGUUUUAUUUCACAUAUGCACUGA